AUGGAUCUGUCGAACAAUCGGUUCGACAGUGCUAUCCCAACUGGAGUUGUAAAUCUCAAGGAUCUCACUCAUUUUUCCUUAUCGAAUAAUCGAAUCACCGGUCUGAUUCCCGAGUCAUUUGGCGAGCUGUUGAAUUUGGAGUUCUUGGACUUGUCAAGAAAUAAUCUGUCUGGAGAGAUUCCCAAGUCCCUGGAGAAACCCCGUUAUCUCAAAUAUUUCAAUGUCUCUUUCAAUGGUCUUGAAGGAACCUGGAAACGAAUUUCAUACCACGAGCUUCAUCGAGCUACUGAUGGAUUCAGUCGAAGCAAAUUACUUGGUAAUGGAAGUUAUGGUUCUGUAUACCACGGGACUCUCUCAUAUGGGAUUACAUUUGCAGUAAAAGUCUUCAAGUUAGAGUUAGAAGGAGCUUUUAAGAGCUUCGACGUCGAAUGCGAAGUUCUCCGCAAUACUCGUCACCGAAAUUUAAUCAAAAUAAUUAGUAGCUGCUCUAAUGAUCUCGAUUUCAAAGCCUUAGUGCUUGAGUUCAUGCCUAAUGGGAGUCUUGAUAAAUGGUUGUAUUCCAACAACCAUUUUUUGGAUAUCCUACAAAGGUUAAACAUAAUGAUAGAUGUUGCAUCUGCUCUGGAGUAUCUCCAUCAUGGUAAUGAAACACCAUUUGUUCACUGCGAUUUGAAACCCUGCAAUAUUCUGUUAGAUGAAGAUAUGGUUGCACAUUUGAGUGAUUUCGGAAUUGCAAAACUCUUAUGCAACGAGGACUCGAUGAUUCAAACCAUUACGAUGGCAACGGUUGGGUAUAUGGCACCAGACUAUGGAAUAGAUGGAAUUGUUUCGACAAAAGGAGACGUGUAUAGUUUCGGUAUUCUUUUAAUGGAAACUGUCACGAGAAAAAAGCCCACCGAUGAAAUGUUUACCGGAGAAAGAAGCUUGAAGAGUUGGGUAAAAGAGUCGAUAUCAUCUACUCUGCUAAAUCAAGUAGUAGACAUGAAUUUACUUAGCACUAAUGGUAGGGAACACUCAGCAGCCAACAAUUGUACCUUAUCAAUCUUGCAAGUUGCCUUAGAAUGUUCAGCAGAAUCACCAGAUGAGAGGCUUAACACGAAAGAGAUUGUUACGAAGCUAGAGAAGAUCAAAACUAAGUUUUUAAAGAACACCAAACGGGUUCGACAAAGGUUGACAUGA